AUGUAUGAUUGUUUAGCCGAUCCUCAUCCGAUACCGAAAAAUUCCACUUCUUCCCCUAUCGCCACGCCAUCGUUACGUCUUGCCGGUCAUCCUGUUUACAUCAAAAGUUCCACGUCCAACCCCGAUAUCUCCGUCUGUCCCGAUUGCGUUGUCCAAGCAGUUCACGUCGCUUCUGCUGUUUACGCCGGAGCUCUCGAUCAACGCGUCACCUGUAAUCAUGAAAACUACACCGAUUCACCUCUUCCUCCUUCCGCUCCCAUCAAUACCUUGAAAAAUUCCGUCAAUGCCAUGGCCGAUCAUUUGCAAAGAGUAUACGAUGGUGUCAGUUACGUUGCUCAUCAGACGGCCGUGGAAGGAAAACUCGGUGUCCAGGUGCCUUGCAAAGACAACAUUCGCGGUCGCUGGCAGCAGCUGAUUACGGAUAUCAACCGUAUGACUCGUAACCACCAAGAACAAGUACGUGACAUUGCCGACGUUUCCACCGCCAUUGCUCGAGGCGAUCUCAGCAAAGCCAUGACCGUCCCUGUCAAGGGCGAAACCUUACUGCUAAAGAAUACAUUUAAUCUGAUGGUGAAUCAGCUGAACUUGUUUGCAUCGGAAGUCACUCGUGUUGCGCACCAAGUGGGAACCGAAGGCAAAUUGGAUGUUCAAGCCAAGGUCGCUGGGGUCGACGGAAUUUGGAAAGAACUCACGGAUAAUGUCAAUACCAUGGCCAGCAACUUGACAAGUCAAGUACGCGAUAUCGCUCAAGUCUCCAAAAGUGUAGCUCGGGGUGAUCUGACCAAAAAAGUCACCGUCGAAGUCAAAGGCGAAAUGUUGGAUCUGAAAAAUACAAUUAAUACCAUGGUCGAUCAGCUUUCUAUUUUUGCAACCGAAGUGACUCGAUUAUCUCUGGAAGUGGGAAUGGAUGGCAUUCUUGGUGGUCAAGCCGUGGUCAAGGAUGUAGGAGGAACGUGGAAAGAUUUGACCGAUAAUGUGAAUAUGAUGGCCUAUAAAAUUACGAGCCAAGUUCGUGAUAUUGCUGUGGUGGCCAAAGCCGUCGCUCAGGGUGAUCUCAGUAAAAAAGUAACCGCCAACGCCCAAGGCGAGGUCUUGGAACUCAAAAAUACCAUGAAUAGUAUGGUGGAUCAACUGACGUUAUUUUCGGCCGAAGUACGACGUGUAUCAUUGGAAGUCGGUGUGGAGGGCAAAUUGGGCGGGCAAGCGGUAGUCAAGGAUGUUGGGGGAGCAUGGAAGGAUCUGACCGAUAAUGUGAAUACAAUGGCGGCCAAUUUGACGACCCAAGUACGAUCCAUUGCCGCCGUGACCAAAGCCGUCGCUCAGGGCGAUCUGUCCAAGAAAAUCGAUGUGGUGACUCGGGGUGAAAUUUUGGAUCUCAAGAAUACCGUGAAUAACAUGGUGGAUCAACUUCGUGUGUUUUCCACCGAAGUCACGCGUGUGGCAAAGGAAGUCGGUACGGAGGGCAAACUUGGCGGUCAAGCCGUGGUGCCCAACGUGGACGGCACAUGGAAAGAUUUAACCGAUAAUGUGAAUACCAUGGCCACUAAUUUGACCACUCAGGUCCGAUCCAUUGCCGUGAUUACCAAAGCCGUCGCGAAUGGUGAUUUAUCAAAGAAGAUCGUCGUCGACGUGAGUGGCGAAAUCUCGGAUCUCAAGGAUACCGUCAACAACAUGGUGGAUCAGUUACGUGUGUUUGCGUCCGAAGUCACGCGAGUUGCUCGCGAAGUCGGCACCGAAGGAAAGUUGGGUGGUGAAGCGAUCGUGCCCAGUGUUAGCGGUACCUGGAAAGAUCUCACCGACAAUGUGAAUACGAUGGCCGCGAAUUUAACCACCCAGGUGCGUUCCAUUGCCGGGGUCACCAAAGCUGUGGCCAAAGGCGACUUGUCGAAAAAGAUUGACGUCGAAACCCGAGGCGAGAUUUUGGACCUGAAAAAUACCGUCAAUAACAUGGUCGACCAGCUACGAAUUUUCGCGGCCGAAGUCACACGUGUGGCCAAAGAAGUCGGCACGGACGGCAAGUUGGGUGGGCAAGCUUUGGUCCCGAAUGUCGAUGGCACAUGGAUGGAUUUAACCGAUAAUGUCAAUCAAAUGGCGGCGAACCUCACGAGCCAAGUCCGGUCCAUUGCCGAAGUGACGAAAUCUGUGGCCAACGGUGAUUUGUCCAAAAAAAUUGAAGUGGAAAGUGGUGGUGAAAUCUUGGAAUUGAAGAAUAUCGUCAACAACAUGGUGGAUCAACUGCGUGUGUUUGCUUCCGAAGUGACCCGUGUAUCAAAGGAAGUCGGUACCGAAGGCAAAUUAGGCGGACAAGCUGUGGUGCGUGGGGUCGCAGGCACAUGGCACGAACUCACCGACAAUGUCAAUAUCAUGGCCGCCAAUCUGACCAACCAAGUCCGAUCCAUUGCCGAAGUGACCAAAGCCGUGGCCAAUGGCGAUCUUUCAAAGAAGAUCGAGGUCGAAAGUGGCGGAGAAAUUCUCGAGUUGAAGAAUACCGUCAAUAACAUGGUCGAUCAGUUGCGUAUUUUCGCCUCGGAAGUGACGCGUGUGUCCAAGGAAGUCGGUACCGAAGGCAAACUGGGCGGCCAAGCCGUCGUUCAAGGCGUUGCCGGCACGUGGAAUGAAUUGACCGAUAAUGUCAACAUCAUGGCCGCCAAUUUGACCACACAGGUGCGUUCCAUUGCCGAAGUCACCAAAGCCGUCGCCCACGGUGAUUUGUCCAAAAAGAUUGAUGUAGAAACCAAAGGCGAAAUUUUGGAACUGAAAAACAUUGUCAAUGACAUGGUGGAUCAGUUGCGUAUUUUUGCUUCGGAAGUCAUGCGUGUUUCCAAAGAAGUCGGUACCGAGGGUAAAUUGGGCGGCCAGGCCGUCGUUCAAGGCGUUGCCGGUACAUGGUACGAAUUGACGAGUAACGUGAAUAUCAUGGCCGCCAAUUUGACCAACCAAGUCCGAUCCAUUGCCGAAGUCACCAAAGCCGUGGCCAACGGCGACCUUUCCAAGAAGAUUGAAGUGGAAAGUGGCGGCGAAAUACUCGAACUCAAGAAUACGGUGAAUUCGAUGGUCGACCAACUGCGUGUGUUUGCUUCGGAAGUGACGCGUGUGGCGCGUGAAGUUGGUACCGAAGGCAAACUCGGCGGACAAGCACUCGUGACCGGGGUCGCCGGUACAUGGAUGGAUCUCACCGAUAACGUCAAUACCAUGGCCGCCAACCUCACCACCCAAGUACGAUCGAUUGCGGAAGUGACCAAGGCGGUGGCUCGCGGCGAUUUGUCAAAGAAGAUCGAGGUGGAAACCAAGGGAGAAAUCCUGGAUCUGAAAAAUAUUGUGAAUGAAAUGGUCGACCAGCUGCGUGUGUUUGCUUCGGAAGUGACGCGUGUGGCGCGUGAAGUGGGUACUGAAGGCAAACUUGGUGGUCAAGCGGUGGUGCACGGCGUGGCCGGCACCUGGAUGGAUUUGACCGACAAUGUCAACACGAUGGCGGCCAAUCUCACCACGCAAGUACGCUCCAUUGCUCAAGUGACCAAAGCCGUCGCUCUGGGUGACUUGUCCAAGAAGAUUGAAGUGGAAACUCGCGGCGAAAUUUUGGAUCUCAAGGAUACGGUGAACAACAUGGUUGAUCAGUUGCGUGUGUUUGCCGCCGAAGUGACACGUGUGUCCAAGGAGGUCGGUACCGAAGGCAAACUGGGCGGCCAGGCCAUGGUCGAAGGUGUGGCCGGUACUUGGCUGGAUUUGACCGAUAACGUCAACACGAUGGCCGCCAAUCUAACCACCCAGGUGCGAUCGAUUGCCCUUGUCACCAAAGCCGUGGCCCUCGGUGACUUGUCCAAAAAAAUCGAUGUGGAAACGCGGGGUGAAAUUCUGGACCUGAAGGAUACCGUAAACAACAUGGUGGACCAACUGCGUAUCUUUGCGUCGGAAGUAACCCGUGUAUCAAAGGAAGUCGGUAUUGAAGGCAAACUGGGUGGUCAAGCCGUCGUUCAGGGCGUGGCGGGCACAUGGGAAAGUUUGACGGACAACGUCAACAUCAUGGCUGCCAACCUAACCAACCAGGUGCGAUCCAUUGCCGAAGUCACCAAAGCCGUAGCGCUCGGUGACUUGUCCAAGAAGAUUGAAGUGGAAAGUGGCGGGGAAAUCCUGGAACUGAAGAAUAUCGUGAACAACAUGGUAGAUCAACUGCGUGUGUUUGCUUCCGAAGUGACCCGUGUAUCCAAAGAGGUUGGCACCGAAGGCAAACUGGGCGGCCAAGCGGUUGUUCAAGGCGUCGCCGGCACAUGGAAUGAAUUGACCGACAAUGUCAACAUCAUGGCCGCCAAUUUGACCACGCAGGUGCGAUCGAUUGCCGAAGUGACCAAAGCCGUGGCCAAUGGCGAUCUGUCGAAAAAGAUUCACGUGGAAACGCGAGGUGAAAUUCUGGAUCUCAAAAUCACGGUCAACAGCAUGGUGGAUCAGCUGCGCGUAUUUGCUUCCGAGGUGACACGUGUGGCGCGUGAAGAUUUGACGGAUAACGUCAACAUGAUGGCCGGUAAUUUAACCACACAAGUACGUUCCAUUGCCACCGUCACCAUGGCCGUCGCUCAUGGCGAUCUGUCACGCAAAAUCAUCGUAGAAGCUCAAGGCGAAAUCCUCCAGCUCAAGGAAACCGUGAAUUCAAUGGUGGAUCAGUUGCGUGUAUUUGCGGCCGAAGUGACGCGAGUGGCUCGGGAAGUCGGUACGGAAGGCAUGCUGGGCGGUCAAGCGACGAUUGUCGGUGUGGACGGGACAUGGAAAGACCUGACGGAUAAUGUGAAUCUGAUGGCGAGCAAUUUGACGGAUCAACUGCGUGCCAUUGCUGCGGUGUGCAAGGCGGUAGCUCAGGGUGAUUUAUCAAAGACCAUUGAAGUCGAAGUUCACGGUGAAAUCGCCGAAUUGAAGAAUACCAUCAAUACCAUGGUGGAACAACUCAGUUCGUUUGCUUCCGAAGUGACACGAGUGGCAAGGGAAGUCGGUACCGAAGGCAAACUCGGCGUGCAAGCUCAGGUCAUGGAUGUGGAAGGCGUGUGGCGAGAAAUCACCAGCAACGUGAAUACCAUGGCAUCCAAUCUGACCACGCAGGUGCGUGCGUUUGCUCAGAUUUCGGCCGCGGCGACGGAGAAUGACUUUUCUCGACUCAUUACCGUGGAGGCCUCGGGCGAAAUGGAUUCUCUAAAGACCAAGAUCAAUCAGAUGGUGAGCUCGCUGCGAGGUGCGAUUCAAAAGAACCGACAAGCGCGUGAAGCGGCAGAACUAGCUAAUCGAUCCAAGAGUGAAUUCCUCGCCAAUAUGAGUCACGAAAUCCGUACCCCCAUGAAUGGCAUCAUUGGCAUGACUUCAUUGACGUUGGAAACCGAACUGACCCGUCAACAACGUGAAAACCUCAUGAUCGUUUCCAGUUUGGCCAACAGUUUACUGGCCAUCAUUGAUGACAUUCUCGACAUUUCCAAGAUUGAAGCUGGAAGAAUGACCAUUGAAUCCAUUCCAUUUUCGCUUCGUUCCGCCAUCUUUUCCGUGCUGAAAACACUGGCUGUCAAGGCGAACCAGAAGAAGCUCGAUUUGAUCUACGAUGUGGAUGUCAAUAUGCCGGAUCAUUUGAUUGGCGAUCCUUUGCGUCUUCGUCAAGUGGUCACUAACCUAAUCGGCAACGCGGUCAAGUUUACCACGCAAGGUGAAGUGGUGCUUCGAACCCAGCUCGUGCAAACCCAAGGCGACGGAGUCAUUGUUCAGCUGUGUGUGAGCGACACCGGUAUCGGCAUUCAGGAAGACAAGCGAAGUUUGAUCUUUGAUACCUUUUGCCAGGCGGACGGCAGCACCACUCGCGAAUACGGUGGUACAGGUCUGGGAUUAUCGAUCAGCAAACAUCUGGUGCAAUUGAUGGGAGGUGAUCUUUGGGUCGAGUCUAUUUAUGGUCGCGGAUCCGAAUUCUAUUUUACGGUUAGCCUGCGCCAAUUCAAGAUGGAGAAACCGCAAGUGCUGGAGAUCAUGAACCGAUUCCGCGGUCAUCAUGUUCUUUUCCUGGACAGCACCAAUGAUGCGACGGGUAUCCUGGACAAACUGCGUGAAUUAGGUUUAUCACCUGUGCGUGUGACAAGUGCUAUGGAAGCCACGGAACUACCGGAUACCGCGUUCAAGAAGAAUGCCCCCAUCUUUGAUACGGUGAUCGUGGACAAGAUCUCGCAUGCGGAGAAGAUCCGUGAAGCGGUGCAUCUACGCUACACGCCCAUUGUCUUGAUCGCGCCAGAACGACACCACUUGAAUAUGAAACUUUGCAUUGAUUUGGGCAUUACAGGCUACAUCAACUCUCCCGUGAAUCUCGUCGAUCUCGCUCACACUUUGCUGCCAGCGCUUGAAAGCCAUGCGGCUCUGCCCAGCGACGCUACGAAAUCGGCACCGUUGGAGAUCUUGCUUGCCGAAGACAAUAUCGUGAAUCAAAAACUGGCGUUACGUAUCCUUCAAAAGUUCGGCCAUCAUGUGCAGAUUGUCAGCAACGGCAAGCUGGCCGUGGAGGCGUUUGAAGCACGAACCUUUGAUCUUAUUCUCAUGGAUGUACAGAUGCCGGUUAUGGGCGGAUUUGAAGCUACGCAACGCAUUCGAGCCAUUGAAAAAGCGGCGGGCAAUGGAUCAAGAAUUCCUAUCAUUGCUCUCACGGCUCACGCCAUGAUUGGUGAUCGUGAAAAAUGCUUGGAAGCCGGCAUGGACGAAUAUGUCACCAAACCACUGCGAUUCCCCGACCUCAUAUCCGCCAUCAAGAAAUUCGCCCCUCAAUCCGCAAGGUUAAUGGCGGCCAAUCGGCCUUUGAGUUCAAGCUAA